CCUACAAGCCCCAGACUGCCGCGGGCCGCUGGGGGCGGUGCCGAGAGUCGCGGCCCAUCUGAGCACAGCGCUCAGCAUGGUUGGCUUCGCCGACUUGAACCUCCCGCAGGGGUCGGACAAGAAGUCCCUGCAGGGUCUGCUGGAGACCGCAGCACACUUGGGAUAUUCUGCGGUUGCUCUCAAUCAUGUCAUUGAUUUUAAAGAAAAGAAACAGGAAAUUGUCAAGCCAGUAUCUCCUUCAGAGUUGUUUCCAUCUUUGCCUGUUGUGCAAGGGACAUCUAAAAGAAUUAAAGUUUUAACCCGGCUAACGCUUGUUAUUUCUGAUCCUUCCCACUGUAAUCUCUUGAGAUCAACAUCUCCAAAUAUAAGGUUAUAUGACAUCAUAGCAGUAUUUCCGAAGACUGAGAAACUGUUCCAUAUCGCUUGCACAACUCUAGACGUGGAUCUGGUAUGCAUAAAUGUAACAGAAAAACUGCCAUUCUACUUCCGAAGGCCCCCUGUGAAUAUGGCAAUAGAUCGAGGCAUUUACUUUGAACUUCUCUAUACGCCUGCCAUCAAAGACUCCACAAUGAGAAGAUACACAAUUUCAAAUGCGAUCAGCCUGAUGCAGAUCUGCAAAGGAAAGAAUAUUGUCAUAUCUAGUGCAGCUGAAAGGCCUCUAGAACUACGAGGUCCUUAUGACGUGGCUAAUCUAGGUUUGCUGUUUGGCCUGUCAGAAGGUGAAGCCAAGGCAGCCGUAUCUACCAACUGCAGAGCCACCAUGCUUCAUGGAGAAACUCGGAAGAGUGCCUGUGGGAUAGUGUACACAGUGAAGAAGCCUCGCAAGGUUGAGGAGGAUGAAACACUGCCAGCCUGCAAAAAAGCUAAGACUCAAGCUUGAGGACUGAACCAGUUAUCAACAAGAACCUCCAUCCCAUCUUUACCCGGUGUUGAGACAUUUUUCUCCCUCCAGCUACUCCCAUUCCUCCCUUACUACUUUAUUUAGCCUGGAGAAGAAUUCUUCUGCUGCUCAAGUGAGGAAAGCUGUGGGAAUGAGACCGCUGUAUGGUAGUUCACCACACCUAAAAGGUCAUGCUGGGCUUCUGGCCAAGGUCAGGAGACUCUCUCUCCACCCUGUCUUAGGUCUUCUGAAGAUAGUGCAAACUCAACAUGAUGUUUCUAACAAAUUUUCAGUUGUACAAGUGCAUUCCUUUUUAAUUAAAAAACAUUCUAAGAAUGUAUGCUUUGAAAGUAUAGCUCAUGGUUCCUCAAGUUUUAAACAUCUCUGUACUAAACCUUACAGCUGCAAACAGCAGGUGAAGUUUACCUUCAGGGGCCUGUGGAGAAUAAUUGUGCAGUAAAGAAAAAACAAAACAAAACGCUGCUUCCCGUUCUGUUUUGUGACCAGUGGCUAUAAAGAAGAUCCUAGAUUCUGUCACUUGCUAGGAGAUACUUUGGAUUUGUGUUACAGUAGGACUGACUAACCUGACUGCGAGAGACACAUCCCAAGGGCCAUCCCUGUCCUGCAGCUCUUAAAACCACAGUCACAUGAGAUGGUUACUGCAGAUGGGAAGGAAGAGCCCAAGGUUACACUGAAUUUGUGUUCAGCAUGCUGUGUUGCAGUCGCAGCAUAACAGCUGUCUCACCUAGGCCUGAGCAGUCUCCAUGUCACAUCAUUUUUACUGCAUCAUUUCCUUCUUUAUGUCCUGGUCUGGCAGUGUUGUCUAGGAGAGUGUUCAUUUUGCUGCCUCCUGCCUUUCUGUUUUCCUUCCUGUUAAUGCCUCAGUAAACUUAAUCUGGCUGCCAAAAAAGCAAUCAUAACAGAUUUAUAAUCAGCAGAGCAUUGUCAGAGCUCUUCCAAAUGUUGACUGAAGUUUUUCUUUUGAUGAAACCAAUAUAAAAAGUUACGUAAGCUACUGUACUCAA